UGAGAAUGUAGCUUGGCCUUUAUCACUUUACUAUCUAAUAAUGUAGAAAUGCUAAAGUUAGUAGCAUCAUCCUCUAUAUGCUAUAUCUUUGCAUUGUCCAUAUUAAUAUAAAUCUCAUUCUUAUUUCUUCUGAUCUCUUCUCAAAUUCAUAAAGCUAGUUAAGAUAUGGGUUUUACUGGAGAAUUGGUAAGAAGUGUCUUCUCCAGAAACCGUUCUGCUGCAUCAUAUGAAAGCAAAGGUAGGCGAAAUUCUACAGAAAAUCGAAGAUGGGGUUCUGUUAGAUCAUACUUGUGUGGAAAUGAAUUCAAUUCAGUUGUGGCAGAGGAGGAUUCAGCUUCACUUAAGAGUUCUGAAGUUACAGUUACACAACCAAUAAUACAAGAGAACUUGAAUGAUAGAGAAGAUGCCAAAAGUGAAGAAACUGUGGAGAAUGUAAUAGAACAAGAAGAAAUGCCAAAUUCAAGUAGUUCUACAUUCUUGAGUGAAGAAGCAGCAGCAAUUCGGAUUCAAUCAGCAUAUAGAAGCUUUCUGUUAAGGCGUCGAAACGAUGAAAUUGGAACCAAUAAUGGUGAAGUUCAGCUCAAUUUAGUAACUGAAAGUCCGGAUAGAAAGUCCAUGGGGACAUCAAUUGAAGUUCAAACUGCAAAUUCGGCUGAAAUUUUCUCGGUUGAAGGCGAAAAAUUGAGCAUUUACCAGCAUAUUCAUCGCAGGACAAGGAGUCAUAUAACAAAGCAGAAGGAAGAAUGGGAUGAUAGCACUGUGAGUAGCUAUGUAUCGAAAAUGCGAAUGCAGAACAGAAUGGAGGCAUCAACCAGAAGAGAAAGAGCACUAGCUUAUGCUUUCUCUCAACAGCUAAGAAUCUGUUCAAAGAGAAGACCAACAAAAUACAACAGCAUAGAAUCGAAUAUGAGCUGGAGCUGGCUCGAACGAUGGAUGGCUACACGUGUUCCAGACACUGCUGCAUUAUCUGUUGAAAGCCAUGCUUUGAAGCAGCAUGAUCCUCUUAAUAGUAAUUUCACAAUCAAGACUAGAUUCUUGGAUGCUGCUUCUGGGGAAGAAAAAGAGAGCUGUGGUUCGAACGAAGUGCUGCCUCAUUUCGAUAGCUAUUCAGUAAAUUCAAGAGAAGAAAAUUGUAGCAUCAAAUCACCAAGAUCAAAGACCAACUUCAAAGCUAGGAGAACUGUGUCAAGGCGAAAAACAGUGCCAAGCUAUCAGUUCCUUGAAGAGCAGCCAAAGGUAUGCAAGAAAGAAGGCUCAAACAAUGCAAGCAAGGAUGUUAAGCAAAAACCAAAAGCAUGUAGGAAGGAAGAUGAAACUGAAACUGAAACUAGGCCUUCCUAAAAACUUCAAAAUCCCAAUGAGUAACUUCUAACAUUAAUCUGCUAAAUAAAGUCAUGUGUCUAGUACUUAAGAUUUGGUGUAAGCUCUGCAUAAAUGGUUGGAUUCUCUGUGUAGAUUUUGUUGAUUCAUCUUGUGUCUUGUGUGUACAAUUUCUCUUCAGUAUAGUGCCUCAAAUGCAUGGAAAGAGA